UUUGGGGAGACAACGUUCAAAUUACCGUUCAUUUCAAAAUUACCGUUUUUAGUUUUUUAAUAACUUUCGUCUGUUUUUUUCUAACUUUUUUUUGCAUUUUUAUCGAGAUAAAGACUAAAAUUCUAUUCUAAACUAUCUAUUAAUUAUAUUUUUAUUGUUUAGAACCCAAAAAUGGUUAUAGAUAAUAUCAAUAAUAAACUUCAACGUCUCGGAUUUGGAAUUGACAGAGGAGGGACAUUUACAGAUGUUUUUGUUGUUUAUCCAAAUGGAAAUUGUAAAACAUUUAAAUUACUUUCUGAAGACCCACAAAAUUAUAAUGAUGCCCCAACUGAGGCAAUUAGACGUAUUUUAAGUGAAUUUACUGGAAAAGAAAUUAAAAAAGGGGAAUUAAUUGAUGUUAAAAAUAUUGCUUGGAUUAGAAUGGGUACAACUGUGGCUACAAAUGCUUUGCUUGAAAGAAAAGGGGAACCUAUGGCUUUGUUGAUUACUAAAGGAUUUAAAGAUUUACUUUAUAUCGGAAACCAAUCUCGACCAAAAAUUUUUGAAUUUGAUAUAAAAAUUCCUUCAACUCUUUACACUCAAGUUAUUGAAAUUGAUGAAAGAAUUUUGAUUGAUCAUCCUUCUUGUCAAUUAAAAAUUUCUGGUGAAAGAAUUAAAGCUUCGAAUGGACAACCGAUUAUAAUAGAAAAACCUUUGGAUUUGGAUAAAAUUAAACAACAAUUAUUGUCAAUUUAUUCGAAAGGAAUACGUUCUUUGGCUAUACUUUUUAUUCAUUCUUAUAUUUAUUCUGCUCAUGAAGAGACUGUUGGACAAUUAGCAAAAGAAAUUGGUUUUUCUAAUGUUUCUUUGUCUAGUAAAGUUAUUUCAAUGGUUAAAGCUGUUCCGAGAGGGUUUACAACUUGUUCUGAUGCUUAUUUAACGCCAAUUAUUCAUAAUUAUAUUAAAGGAUUUCGUUCUGGUUUUGUAAAUAAUUUGGAAGGAGUUGAGGUUGAAUUUAUGCAAUCGGAUGGGGGUUUGUGUCCUAUUGAAAGAGCAAUUUUAAGUGGUCCAGCUGGUGGAGUUGUUGGUGUUUCUUUUACUGCUUAUGAUCAAGAAAAUAAAGAGCCAGUUAUUGGAUUUGAUAUGGGAGGAACUUCGACAGAUGUUUCUCGUUAUGAUGGACGUUUUGUACAUGUUGUUGAUUCCAUCACUGCUGGUAUUGCUAUUCAAGCCCCACAAUUAGAAAUUAAAACUGUGGCGGCUGGUGGCGGUUCUCGUCUCUUCUUUCGUGAUGGACUUUUUAUUGUUGGCCCUGAAUCAGCUGGUUCCAAUCCCGGUCCUGUCUGUUACGGUAAAGGAGGCCCUUUGGCUGUUACAGAUGCAAAUGUUGUUUUGGGUCGAGUGCUCCCUGAAUUUUUUCCUAAAAUUUUUGGACAAGAUGAGCAGCAGCCGUUGGAUAAGACCGCUUCUUUGAAAGCAUUUAAAGCCUUAAAUGAGGAAGUCAAUGCUCACAUUUCUGUGCAAGGCCGCCCACCUAUCUCCGUACAAGAAUGUGCUUUUGGAUUUAUUCGAGUUGCCAAUGAGUCUAUGUGUCGACCUAUUAGAACAUUAACUGAGGCUAAAGGUUUUGACACAAGUCGACACAUAUUAAGUUGCUUUGGUGGUGCUGGUGGUCAACAUGCAUGUGCAAUUGCUCGAGCACUUGGAAUGAGUAGAGUAAAAAUACACAAACAUGCUGGUGUUCUUUCUGCUUAUGGUUUAGUAUUGGCCGAUGUAGUUAAUGAACAACAAGAAUCUUGGAUUCAUAAAUUUAAUGCUGAGAAUUUCCCAUUAUUAAAUGAACGUUUUGAACAUCUCGAAGCUGCUUCGCUUAAUGAAUUAAUUUCUCAAGGCUUUAACCCCGAACAAUGCAAAUUUGAAAGAAUUUUGAAUAUGGGAUAUGAAUACUCUAGUUAUUCUUUAAUGUGUCAACCAAUUGGAAAUUCUAGAGGAGAUGAUUAUUCCCAUUUUAUUGAGGCAUUUGAAGAAAAAUUCACAAGAGAAUUUGGUUUUAAAAUGCCUAAAAGAGCAAUUAUUGCACAUGAUGUUCGUGUUCGUGGAAUUGCCAAACGUUUUUUGUUGCCCUCAGAACAUCUGCAGGAACGCACAAACACGCCUCCGCCACUCAAACUUGAAGGUGAAUUGGACACAAAUGUUUAUGAUUUAAAAGAGCUUCACUUUGGCCAUUUAAUUUCUGGACCUGCAAUUAUUGUGGACGCUAAUUGUACAAUACUUGUCGAACCAAAUUGUCAGGCGGAAAUCACUUUGCAUGGAAAUGUACUUAUUCAAUUAUCGUCAGUCUCUAAAGACACAAUUGGAACAGAGCUAGAUCCAAUCCAAUUAUCCAUCUUUUCACAUCGUUUCAUGUCUAUUGCUGAACAAAUGGGAACUGCUUUGCAACGUUCUGCUUUCUCUGUAAACAUAAAGGAUCGACUAGAUUUUUCUUGUGCGUUAUUCUGUCACAAUGGUGGACUUGUAGCCAAUGCUCCGCAUAUUCCUGUUCAUUUGGGUGGAAUGCAGGCGGCUGUACGUUUCCAAAUAAAGCAUGUUGGUGCUGAGAAUUUCAAGAGGGGGGAUGUUUAUCUUAGCAAUCAUCCAAAAGCUGGUGGCUCGCAUUUACCAGAUUUGACUGUUAUUACACCGGUGUUUAUCUCCGAUGAUUCAAAAACUCCAGACUUUUUUCUUGCAAAUCGUGGUCACCAUUCUGAUAUUGGUGGACUUUGUCCUGGCUCAAUGCCUCCACAUUCCACACAUUUGGAGCAAGAAGGCGUUGUUUUUAUAUCUUUUAAACUUGUCUCUGAAGGUCAUUUGAACGAAAAAGAAUUAAAAGAUAUAUUAAAUGCUCCUUGUAACAUACCUGGUUGUUCUAGUGCUCGAAAUAUUGCAGACAAUUUGGCUGAUUUAAAUGCUCAAAUAGCUGCUAAUCAUAAAGGAAUACUUCUUUUAAAAGAAUUAGUUUCUUCAUAUUCUCUCCCUGUUGUUCGUUCAUAUAUGUUACAUAUUCAACAAAAUGCUGAAUUAGCUGUUAGACAAUUAAUUAAAAAUGUUGCUGAUUCAAUUGGAAUAAAUAGUGAAAAUAAAAUUUUAAGAAAAGUUGCUGAAGAUAAAAUGGAUGAUGGAACACCUAUUAAACUUACUUUGGAAAUUAACAAAGACACGGGAGAUGUUCUCUUUGAUUUUACUGGCACUGGUUUACAAGUUCACAACAGUUGCAACACACCACCAGCUGUCUUAAUGGCAUCGGUUAUUUAUUGUCUCCGUUGUCUUGUUGGACGAGAUAUUCCUUUAAAUCAAGGAUGUUUGGCUCCUGUUAAGAUUCGAGUUCCUUAUGGCACUAUUCUAAAUCCAAGCGAUGAAGCCGCAGUUGUCGGAGGCAACGUUCUCACCUCUCAACGUCUCUGUGAUGUUAUUCUUCAUGCUUUUGACGCUGUUGCAGCUUCUCAAGGCUGCAUGAAUAAUUUAACUUUUGGUGAUGAUUCUUAUGGUUAUUAUGAAACAAUUGGUGGUGGCGCUGGGGCCGGUAAUGGUUUCCAUGGAAGAUCUGGUGUUCAUUCACAUAUGACGAAUACGAGGAUUACUGAUGUUGAGGUUUUAGAAAGGCAUUAUCCUGCUGUUAUUGCUCGUAAGUUCCUUCUCCGCAAAGGUUCAGGAGGCGCAGGCCGAUGGCAUGGAGGAGAUGGGAUUUGUCGUUAUCUCCAAUUUUGCAAAAAUGUACGUCUUUCUUUGCUAACUGAACGUCGGGUUUUUGCUCCCUACGGAUUAAAUGGAGGAAGACCAGGCAAAAUUGGAAGAAAUAUUCUUUUGCGUGCAUCAGAUGGAGUCCGUGACAAUUUGGGUGCAAAAAUAAGUUUAAAUGUUAAUCCUGGGGACAUUUUAGAAUUAGAAACUCCCGGUGGAGGUGGAUAUGGACGACGUCGUUUUUGGAUGGAACUGCCUUCAAAUAAUCUUCAUUAUUUUGGUAGUUUUCGUCGACGUCUUUCAAAAGAAACUUCUCCUGUUGUUGUAAAAUCUAUUCAAUCAAAAUUAUCACAAAUUGAACAAUUAAUUCAAAAUCCCCAAGAAAUAUCAAAAUGUAAGGGAUUGCUAGAAGAAAUUCAUAAAGGAAUAAUUAACGAAGCUCCUUCAAAUGCUUUACUUCUUGAACUUUUAUUUAACAUUGAAAUGGCAAUUAAUCAUUUUUCUGUAGCAGAAGGGAUUUUAUGUCGUUUAUUAUUUUUGAAGCCUUCAUUGGCACAUAAAAGUAUGGCAAAAUUAUUAAUUGACAAAGUAGAUGAAGAAGAUGAUGCAAUUCUUGAUAGAAUUGACCAACUUUUGGAGGAGAGAAAUUUAAAAUCAGAAAAUUCUCUUCCUUUUGUGGACACUUUUGGAAAUAAAAAUUUAGAAGAUUUAAUUUCUGAAUUUAAAGAAACAGAAGAUAUUAAAAAAUUAAAUUUUGAGAAAAUUAUUCAAAUAAAUAAUUUAUUGUUGAACAAAACAGAAGAGAAAGAGAAUAAUUUACGUUGUUCAAAUAAAAUGGAAAAUUCUGAUAAAAAUGAAGUUUUUACUUUAAUAGAUUUUAAUUUAAUUAAAGAAGAAAUGAAUAAAUUUUGUUUAUUUUUGAAUGAAGGAACUAUUUUGGUUAAAGAAAGGCAAAUGCAUCCUUUAGAGUUUACAGUUUUAGUGUUCUUCUUUUUGCAAUAUAUACAACCAUUUAAAGAAGGCACAAAUCAAACUGCUUGUCUACUUGGAAAUAUUUUAUUAAAUUUAUAUUCAUUUCCUUCCUUAUUUUCUCCUAAUGAAAUUAACAAUUUGGUUUGUGAAGCAAUUCUAUGCGCGAUUUCUGGCGAUUUACGUCCUCUCUUUCGUUUCUUUUCAAAUAAAAUGGAAGGUAUUCUUUUAGAAUUGCGAGUGGCUUAUGAUUUUUAA